AUGGCCGUGGUUAAUUUUAGCGUGUGUUUGGUUCUCGUCCUGUAUCAGCUCUCGACGGCUUUCAGUGACGAGACAUCAUCAGAAUCAUCUGACAUAGGAUUGACUGAUCCAAAACCAGCAGAGGGAGAUUCAGAAGGUGUAAGGUGUUACUGCAAUACAGCUCAUUGUAUAAGCACAGGUUAUAUGUGCAGAGCGCGUAAAGGUGGUGGUUGUUAUAGUGAACUACCACCAAGAAGACACCAUACCAGCCACGGCUGCCUUCAUCAUUUAUCUGAAAUUGAACAAGAAGCCUUAUCUCAUUGUCAGAAUGCACCCAGUCAAGGAGGGCCGCCUCGGCGCGAACACUCAUUGCUACUCUGCUGCUUCAAGGACCUUUGUAACCACGAAGACAGUCCGUUGGCGAAAGCAAGACUUAAUCUAACAAACGAAUUAGAAGGAAGUGUUGCUAGCGAGCGUGGCGCGUCAUACAACAGUGAAGUUUGGUUCAAGGCGGCCACUAUAGCGGUCCCGGUGUGCGGUGCCUUGAUACUGUUUCUUUUGGUAGCGGUGGCUGUGAGGCUAUUAAAAGCAGACGCUUUACUUCAGGCUGAUAGAAAAUUAAGAGGCGGCUACAUGUCCCCGCCACAAAACUACACAGAAGACGUUAAAAAAGUAUGGGUAGGUAACUCUCCCUUACUAAUGACACCCGAUGGUUGUUUAGUAGCGGUAGAAAGAGCGCAUCUCGUACCGCAGCUCUGUGAUAUACAACGG